AUGUACGGGCUAGGCAAGAUUUGUGCGAUGGCUACUCUUACAGCGAGUUCGGCGGAGCUGACUGCGCUUCUGAAGAGCGACCCAAAACCGCAUUCUGCUGGUGCUGAGGCAGCUAUCAAUAUCGCCUUCAUCGCCCUGACUACCCUUUCCCAUUGCCUCGGCGUCAAGCUGUAUGGCAAGAUCGAACGAGUCGUCAUGUGGUUCAAACUGAGCUUACUAGUCCUUGUAUGUGUUAUGGGUGUGGUCUUGAACUUCUCCGGCGGCGGCCCGAGACAGGGAGAAUACCAUUCAAAUUAUACAACCUUCGGAUUUCCAUCGGACUGGAAGCCUAUUGGCCACGAUAAUACCACUCCUGUCCCUCUCAAGAUGACGGGCGUUCCCGACGAAGCUUUUGGCAUAUCUGGCCCCGGAGGCACACUGUUCGCUCUCAUCACUUCAAUAGUUUUAGCCAUGUUUUCUUGCUUCGGAGCAGACCUGGUCGCUAUGACUGUCGGUGAAGCAAAGAAUCCUUGGAGGGACGUGCCCAUCACCAUGUCGUUCGUCUACAUCGUUCCGCUCAGCAUAUACCCAUUUGCGAUGCUAGCCGCUGGAGCAAAUGUCAACUACGCCGACCCGCAGCUUCCGAAGAUAUGGGCGAGGGGCGACUACGCUACGAAGUCAGCGUUCGUAAUCGCGGCCGAAGAGUCUUCUAUCCACGCGCUACCGAAGGUUUUGAACGGGUUGUUCAUUAUAUCGGCAUACACUACAGCCAAUACCGAUCUCUACGCCGCAUCUCGUAGUGUGUUUAUGCUUUCACAGCAGUACCUCCCAAGGAAUAUCGCAAAGAUCUUUGGUCGGACUAACAAUGGGCAUACACCUUUGGCGGCCAUUUUGCUGUGCUCAGCACUCGGGUUCUUGUCUCUGAUAGGCUUGGCAGACAAGACUGGCUCACAGCCGCGCAUCACACUCUCCGAAUUGUACACAGGUACUGCGGCAUGCAUCUAUCUCACUCUUUGCAUCACCUUUCUGCGCUUCAAAGCUGGCCUUGACCGCUUAGCGAGGCGGCAGAUCUUCGGUCGCAAUCACCCACUCUACAUGUCACGCCUGUUCAAGUCCCGAUGGCAACCACUACCUGCAUAUAUCGGGAUCUUCGGAAGCGCCUUUGUCCUUGUAUGGUCUGGUGUUCCCCCACUGGUCAUUCUUGUUGCGAAAGGCAGCCUCACUUCCACGGACAACCUGAAAUCUACCAUCAGCUUGGCUUUCGACGUUCUUGGUGCAUAUAUCGGCCCCUUCUUGUUCGGAUCUUUGUACCUCUCGUACAAGUACAUAUUUCCCCGAACAUCCAAAGUUGACCUCCGCAACCUUACGGUGGAAGACUACGUCCUGGAAGACCUAUCCAGCAUCGAGCUCGAAGGCCCAGUCUCAGUACCGCCAGUUCCGCGGCAUCGGUUCGGUUCGUACGAGAUGGACGCCCAGCACGAUGGCAUUGUGAGUCCUCUGAGCACCUUUGAAGACCCGUUCAAGCAGGAGCAGGUGCAUCUCAGUGUGAGCAUGGAUCCCACGAUGCAGGAGGAGAUGGAAGCGGAGGCUUCGAGGAACAACGAAAGAGCGCGGAUAGAGCAGAUUUUGGAGAGAAGACCAGCGCGGUUGGCACGUGGAGUGUGGCGCGAGAUCUGGAGCUUUGUAAUUACGGAUAAGGAUUAA